AGUGUGUCCUGAACACACACACACACACACACACACACACACACACACUACAGUUGUAGCAACAGCCCUGGUUGACAGCUUGCGCUCGCGCGAGUCCCGCGCUGCAUUUUUUAUUUUUUGGCGUUCACCAUGGACAAAGACAUUUUGUUUUACCGACAACUUCCAAAAGUGGAGCUUCACGCGCACCUGAACGGCUCCGUGAGCACCGAGACCAUCAAGAAGCUGAUCCAGAGAAAACCGCAGCUCAGCAUCGAACACAACAUGACCGCGAUCAGCAAUGACCAGACGAGGACGCUAGAGGAGUGUUUUCAGGUGUUCAAGGUGAUUCAUCAGUUAGUGGACACGGAGGAGGACAUCCUGAUGGUGGCGGCGGACGUGAUCAAAGAGUUUGCGGCUGAUGGUGUGAAAUAUUUGGAGCUGAGAAGCACACCGAGAGAGGAGAAGAGAACUGGGUUGACGAAGAAGAAGUACAUUGAUACCGUCAUUAAAGCCAUCCAGCUGUGUAAAGAGGAAGGAGUGGACAUUGAUGUCAGGUUCCUGGUGUCAAUCGACCGCAGGAAUGGAGCAGAGGUUGCCAUGGAAACGGUUAAGUUGGCUGAAGAAUUCAUGUUGUCAUCUGAUGGCUUGGUUGUCGGACUGGAUCUAAGUGGUGACCCAACUGUGGGACACGGCAAAGACUUGCUGCCUGCGCUCCAGAGAGCCAAAAACAGCAACUUGAAACUGUCCCUGCACCUGUCAGAAGUGCCUUCACAGCUGGAGGAGUCCGACCUGCUUCUGGACCUUCCCCCGGACAGGAUCGGUCACGGAACCUUCCUCCAUCCAGAAGUGGGAGGAUCUCAGGGUGUUGUAGACAAAGUCACGAGUCAUCAAAUACCUCUGGAACUCUGCCUGACCUCAAACGUCAAAGCGAGAAACGUCCCCAACUACUCAGAGCACCACUUCAAGUACUGGUACGAGCUGGGACAUCCCACCGUGAUCUGCACGGAUGAUAAAGGAGUCUUCAGCACAGACCUGUCUCAGGAAUACCAGAUCGCGGCGUCGACCUUUAACCUCAGUCAUGAAGACGUCUGGAGCCUGUCUGAGCAGGCCAUCGACUGUGUCUUCGCACCAGAGACUGUGAAGCAGCAGCUGAGACUCAAGUGGAGCCAUCUCAAAGCUCAGGUGCUGAAGUGACGGCGGCGCACGCCCAGGUCACCCGUAAUCCUCAGGUUCUUAGCUUCCCUGUUUUUACUAGUUUGUAGGCUUUGUUUUAUGGACGCUGGAAAUAAAUGAUUUGUUUGGCAGAAGGGGGUCAUCGGUAACUCGAAAACAAAAGUCUUGUCAACUUUGCUCCCACUAAUGCUUCUUUCCUAACUUCCCGUGCGGUUUGUUCUUCUUGAACUUUCCGUGCUGCAUUUCCUUCUUCAUCUUCCCGUGACGCAGCCCGCCGUUACUGGUCGCGACGUUCCCUCCGUCCAAUUUCCUCUUCUUGUCGCUGAGGACGACACGCAUUGUGAGCGCUGUUGCAACAACCAGGCAAAACUGUUUCUGAAAAUCUCUGCACCUCUUUAUGCUGACAACAGCAGUGUUGCCGGCAUUCUUCAGCACCUGCUCCCACUCGUCGUCGUCGCCCCGGAUCUUGUACCUGAAGUGAGAGGAGAAGUUACAGCUCCAACAUUCUGUUGCUGCUGAUGUCCCA